ACAUAUAUUGUUUCUUGUUUUAGAAACUUUGGGCUCUUUGCGAUUUGACUUCGGGACUCUUGUUGACGAAGGCAACCAAUUACGAUUUAAAAGAUUCUCCAUCCGAAACGCGUAUUCCGACCAUGUAUUUUUAUCCCCAAAGCGAUUUCAUCAACACGCGCGUUUUCCUUCCGCCCGAUCUACAAUAUCAACCAAACAAGAAAAUGGCCAUCUCCUUCUCUAUGGUCGGUCAAGAUAGGCCAGCAAAGAGGACGAAGAAUAAGCCAAAGCAGGACCAGUGCAGUCCUUUGGGAACUGAUGUAAAGCUUUAUGCUGGAGGAAUUGAUGCCCAGCCAUCGGAGGCCUCCGAAACAAAAAUACAGCUACCCGUUUUGGAUGACGUCGAACCACCAGCGAAGAGAUUGCGUGAAAAAAUUGACUUAGAGAAAUGAUCAACUUAACAUUUGAACACCCUUUGUUUUCUUUUUAAACAGUGUGGCGUUUGUAUAAAGAAAAGUCGUCGCGAGCACUUUUGGAACAAUGUGAAAGUUGAUAGGCAAAAAAAGCAUGUAUUAAUUUUUUUGUACAUAUGGUUAUAUACUAACUUUUUUAACAAUAACGAACGAAAAAUAAAUUUCAUCUCUUCAGUG